ACUGUAAAUCUAUUGAUGUUUUUUGAUAGCAAAUGAUGUAAUCAUUUGAUUACCAAUUAAUAACUGAUACAAACAUAYAAUAAAACAAUAAUCACACGAUUAAACUGUGGACACAAAUCUAAGAGACGAAUGGAUCCGCCAAUUAUGGGUCGACUGAUUAUUACUGAUGAUGACGACAACGACAACCGUGAAAACAGUGACCGCCGACAGUUGAGACGGUCGUCCCGUAAAACUGAAGCUCAACAACAACAACAACAAUACCGCCGACACACUAUCGGUGGCCACUCAUUAACAUCGGUGAAACCCAACAGUGAUCAGUCGCCGACUUCAUCGCAAACAACACAACGACGAGCAUCUGCUGUACCGAAACUUGCCAAACGACCUGCUUUUCCAAUAACCACUAAUCGGGUGACCAUUGGUAGCACUCUUGAGGCCGAUAUUCGACCAUUUGGUCGACGACUGGCUAAAUCAGACGAUCAGUUUUUCGUUGAGAUCAGUGUUUUGAACGAUAAAAACAUUGGCAACACUACUGUUGGUGAUCACCGAAACCUAAACCAGUUUUUUGUGCGAUCACUAAACGGCAAACCGUUACAAUUGAAUGGCCAACUGAUGAACGGUACGAGAAAGUUGGAGCUCAAGAACAACGAUCGGCUAACACUCGGCGCCAAAACUGUAUUAUUUCGGAAAUGCAAACCAUCUGAACCAGAGGUUAUAACUACUGAACAACUAUCUAAUGAAGUGACGGUUGACGUUGUUGUCGAUGAAAAUCAAACGAUACAAACAAUUACUAAGAAGACUGACGAGGAGUUGUAUAACAUCCUAAUUGUCGACAAACUUAAUGAAUCAGAUGUUAAAAACACUGAACAACAAUCUGAUGAAUUKGUAGUUGAUGUUAUUGUCGAUGUCGAUGAAGACCAAUCAAUACAAACAAAUAGUAAAAACAUUGUCGAGGAGUUGUCGACCAAUGAUAAUAACAUCCUAAUUGUCGACAAACUUAAUGAAUCAGAUGUUAAAACUUGUGAACAACAAUCUAUUACUGUGGAGGUUGACGUUGUUGUCGAUGAAAAUCAAACGAUACAAACAAUUACUAAGAAGACUGACGGGGAAUUGUCGACCAACGAUAAUAACAAUCAAAAUGUCGACAAACUUAAUGAUUCAGCGGUUAAAAUCACUGAACAACAAUCUAAUCCAUUGGCGGUUGUUGUCAAUGUCGACGAAGAUCAACCAAUACAAACAAAUAGUAAAAACAUUGUCGAGGAGUUGUCGACCAAAGAUCAUAACAAUCAAAAUGUCGACAAACUUAAUGAUUCAGCGGUUAAAAUCACUGAACAACAAUCUGAUGUAGWAKUGGUAGUUGACGUUGUUGUCGAUGUCGAUGAAGACCAAUCAAUACAAACAAUUAGUAAAAAUACUGACAAGGAGUUGUCGAUCAAUGAUAAUAACAUACAAAAUGUCGACAAACUUAAUGAAUCAAAUGUUAAAAACACUGAACAACAAUCUGAUGAAUUGGUAGUUGACGUUAUUGUCGCUGUCGAUGAAGACCAAUCAAUACAAACAAAUAGUAAAAACAUUGUCGAGGAGUUGUCGACCAAAGAUCAUAACAAUCAAAAUGUCGACAAACUUAAUGAAUCAGCUGUUGAAAACACUGAACAACAAUCUAAUGCAGUGGUAGUUGACGUUGUUGUCGAUGUCGAUGAAAACCAAUCAAUACAAACAAUUACCGGUAAUAAAAAUACUGACGAGGAGUUGUCGAUCAAUGAUAAUAACAAUCAAAAUGUCGACAAACUUAAUGAUUCAGCGGUUAAAAUCACUGAACAACAAUCUAAUCCAUUGGCGGUUGUUGUCAAUGUCGACGAAGAUCAACCAAUACAAACAAAUAGUAAAAACAUUGUCGAGGAGUUGUCGACCAAAGAUCAUAACAAUCAAAAUGUCGACAAACUUAAUGAAUCAGCUGUUGAAAACACUGAACAACAAUCUAAUGCAGUGGUAGUUGACGUUGUUGUCGAUGUCGAUGAAAACCAAUCAAUACAAACAAUUACCGGUAGUAAAAAUACUGACGAGGAGUUGUCGAUCAAUGAUAAUAACAUCCCAAAUGUCGACAAACCUAAUGAAUCAGCGAUGAAAACUAGUGAACAGCCGUCGAUGUCUGCCACGGCUGUUGUCAAUGAGAAUAAGCUUAUUGUCGAAGAGGAGAUAUUACAAGAGAAUCGAGAUGACUCUGAACAUGAAGAUAACACCCGACCGCGCACUCGUCGGGCCGCACGUCAACAAAAAGUAGAGACUCAAAGUAAGACCCGACGAACACUUAGAGGUCAAGCAGGUGGUGUCGCGCGCCGUAAGGAAAAACAUGAUGAAACAGCUGCUGUUAGUGCCGUUGAUUGCGGGCCUCGUGAAGUGUUACAGCGAGCAAAGGUUGGACGGCGUAGCGCCGUCGUGGCUACCGAUGAUCAAAAUGCAAACAAACAGUCAUCGCCGCCGCCGCCAGAAAAGUCCAGUGCAACAACACAUAAGCGUGCACGCACUACAAGACAAGCAUCGCAACCUACGAUCCCGUCAGGUCCCAGUGCAGGUGUACGUACCCGUGCACAGGCACGUGCAAGAACUGUUGAAAAAGAAACACUAUCACCACAUACGGCACCAUCCAAACGAAAGAAGAGAAAAUAAUUUUAUUUGUCAUUAUUUAUUAAUACCUAUUUGAUUGCCAAAUGGUUACCUAUUACCUCAUACUACUACCUGUCUUAUCCAUACUAUCUGUCAUUAAACAGUAUUGCCUAAUGUUGUCACUCAUCUCUUCAUUGAAUCAUAUUUUUAUGCCAUUAUCGUUGACAUUAUAUUUAAUAUCACUCUAUGUUAGCCACCACUGGAGUCUCUUAUUUAUUUGUUUAUUAUUAUU